CGUGUUGUCAAACUCAAAAGUCAAAGUGCAAGAGCAACGAGAUAUGCAAUAAUAACAAAUGUAUAUAUAUAUUUUUUUAAUUUAACAUGAGAUUUUAGAAUAGUAUUUGAUUAUAACACCCUUACAACACUGUAGUACAAUAAAAAAUAUGGGUCGUAAAGUGGUUGUAGCUACCUGUACUCUUAAUCAGUGGGCUUUGGAUUUUGAGGGAAAUCUAAGCAGGAUUCUUCAAUCUAUUCAAGAAGCAAAAGAGUUGGGAGCUCUAUAUCGUACUGGACCUGAAUUAGAGAUAUGUGGUUAUAGCUGCGAGGAUCAUUUCCACGAGCCAGAUACAUUUCUCCAUAGCUGGCAGGUUCUGUCGGAGUUGCUUAAUUCUUCAACAUGUGAAAAUAUACUCAUAGAUGUUGGUAUGCCUGUUCAGCAUCGUAAUGUAUCAUAUAAUUGUCGUGUAGUUUUUUUGAACAAAAAGAUAUUGUUAAUUCGUCCAAAGAUGACGCUUUGUGAGGACGGUAACUACAGAGAAUCUCGAUGGUUCUCUUGUUGGACAAAGGAGAGGCAAGUGGAAGAUUAUUAUUUGCCAAGGAUGAUCACAACGAUAACAAAUCAAACUACAGUUCCAAUUGGUGAUGCUGUUAUCGCUACUAAGGAUACAUGUAUUGGUUUUGAAAUUUGUGAAGAACUAUGGAAUCCUCAGAGUCGCCACAUACCUCUGGGCCUCGACGGCGUGGAAAUUAUAUGUAACGGUUCCGGCAGUUACAUGGAACUGCGAAAAGCUUAUGUGACCGUGGAUUUAGUAAAAAGUGCGACGUUCAAAAGCGGCGGGGCGUACUUGUUCAGUAAUUUACGAGGGUGUGACGGGCAAAGGAUUUAUUUCAAUGGCUGCUCGUGUGUAGCGGUGAAUGGUGAAGUCGUCAGUAGAGGAUUGCAAUUUUCACUUCAAGAUGUGGAGGUCGUUACUGCCACGAUCGACCUCGAAGACAUUAGGUCGUACCGUACAAGGAUACGGUCUAGGUCUCAUCUGGCCGCUUCGAACCCACCCUUCCCAAGGAUCACGGUAAACUUUGCAUUAUCUGACGAUGAAGAUAUUCACCUAGUUGUCAGUCCACCAAUUGAAUGGCAGUAUUUAACACCAGAGGAAGAAAUUGCAAUGGGACCAGCAUGUUGGCUGUGGGAUUAUUUACGAAGAUCGGGCCAAGGGGGCUUCUUUCUGCCCCUAAGUGGUGGGGUGGACUCAUCGAGCACUGCUUGUAUCGUAUUCUCUAUGUGUAUGCAAAUUUGUGAUGCAGUACAAAAAGGAGAUAGCCAAGUUCUGUCCGACAUUCGUAAGAUCGUGUCGGAGUCAGAUUACACCCCAAGAGAUCCGAUGGAACUUUGCAAUAGAAUACUGGUCACGUGUUACAUGGCCACUGAGAAUUCGAGUGAAGACACGAAACAGAGAGCUAAGCAGUUGUCCAGUGAAAUAGGGAGCUAUCAUUUUCCGAUACUAAUCGACUCUGCAGUUAGUGCGGUGAUCGGUAUAUUUCAAACUGCGACUGGACUUGUACCGAGGUUUAAGACGAAUGGAGGUUGCCCUCGAGAGAAUCUCGCUUUGCAAAAUAUUCAGGCUCGACUACGCAUGGUAUUCUCAUACUUAUUCGCCCAACUGAUGCUCUGGGUGCGGGGAAAGCCAGGCUGCUUGCUAGUGUUGGGUUCGUCCAACGUGGACGAGGCUUUAAGGGGGUAUCUCACAAAGUAUGACUGUUCUAGUGCUGACGUGAACCCGAUUGGCGGGAUUUCUAAGACCGAUUUGAAAUCGUUUUUGCGCUUCGCUGAAAGGAGAUUUUCUUUGCCAUCCCUUUUAGAUAUACUAGACGCUCCGCCCACUGCGGAGUUAGAGCCCUUGACUCAAGGAAAGAUCACGCAAACUGACGAACAAGACAUGGGUAUGACGUACAACGAACUAUCUGAAUUCGGCCGAUUGAGGAAAAUGUAUUCUUGCGGGCCAUUUGGAAUGUUCCAGAAACUAGUGCACACAUGGAACGAAUGUACCCCCCAAGAGGUGGCAGAUAAAGUGAAGCACUUCUUCCGUUGCUACGCGAUAAAUCGUCACAAAAUGACGAUUCUGACGCCAUCAUAUCACGCGGAAACUUAUAGCCCGGAUGACAAUCGUUUUGACCAUCGACCUUUCCUAUAUCCGGUGCAGUGGAAUUGGCAAUUCAAGAAAAUUGACGAAUCGGUGGCUCUCAUGAUGAGUAGAUAGCUUUCACCCCCGGCCAGAAUCUAGGAAACUAGUGAAUGUUAGCUCUAUAGUGUAUAUGUUAUAUUUGCAAUUAUGAAACUUAUUUGGAAUAUCUUCUAUUUAUUCAAGGCUAUGUAAUAUGUAUAUUACUUUUUGAAUGCCAAGAGAAUAUUUGUUUUAUAAAUUACUCUUAAAAUCUUGUUUGUUGUGUUGUGUUUAAAAUUUACAUAUUUUCGUAUACUUUUGUUAUGAUGAUCGGGGUAAUUCUUGGGUUUAAAGAAAUAAACGCUUAUUAUUCAA